AUGGAGGCGGUGUGUGCUGCAGGCGACAAAGCGUGCGAGACGCACGCGCUCACUGCUGCGCUGCACUCGCUGCAUCUCUACUGCGCCACUAUAUGUACUGCCCUAAUAUGUUGCUGUGCACCACUACCUGCACGCUCUGACUGGUUAGGAAAAUGCCUUAAACCAAUGCUCGCCGACCCCACACCCGCCCUGAAUAGUACAAGCGAGGCCGACCUACCUGGUAAAACCCGCUGCGAGGUUGGAAAACGAUGGCGCGGGCAGACAGUGAGAGGUACCGCCAGCCUUGUUCUCGGAGCGGCUUGGUGUUGCGGCGCGGCUGCUGCAUCCCUGAGGAGAUCGCGCACCGUGGCACUGGUAGCAGCCACCAUGGCGCCACUAGGAUGGCUUGCAGCUGCCGCUCUUCAUAUUUCACUAUGGACUCGCCGUUCCGCAGCACCACUCUUGUACUUAGCUAUUUAUUGGCUGUUAUCAGCUGUAUCCGCCACUGCCAUAUUCUACCAAAGCUUUACUACCAAAGACUGCUACAAAUAUGUGGAUCUAUAUGUUCAAGCAUUAACGAUGGUCCUCUCGCUGAUCAUAGCUGGUGUUGACUGCAUCUGUUUUUAUGACGAGGUAACAAAACGGCGUACCAAUCAGAAAUCAACAUCCACGAAUCACAACAUAUCAUACAAACAUAACGAUACACAUUUCUAUUCUAAAAUUACAUUUUUCUGGAUAAACGUUCUACUGUGGCAAGGUUAUGAGUCACCAUUGGACGAGGACGAUUUAGGAGAUUUGCCCGACGACGAAAAAUCCAAUAAAUAUUAUGAGAAAUUUAAAAGUAUAUAUUAUUCGAAAACAAAGGGUAAAAAUUCGGACAAAAGCUAUCGUAGCAUAUGGCGUUGCUACAUUCAAACAGUGUGGCCAAACUUCUACACGGCUGGUGUAAUGAAACUUUUAGGAGAUAUGAUAAGCGUAGUACCACCCCUUGGAUUGGCAGCUAUAAUACAAUAUGUGGAAGAUCCUCAAGGACAAUUUGACAAGGACUCCGACGUUACCAUACAGGAAUUCGUCAGCAACGGAUACGUAAUGCUUGUAGUCGUUUCUCUAUCUCUUAUGUUUCAAGCUCUCCUAUCGCAGAAUGCCACACAUUUGGUGACAUUAGAAGGGACAAGAUUAAAAACAGGUUUACAGGGCCUGUUGUAUGAUAAAUGCAUGCGCUUAGGACCAUGGUCUUCAGCAAAAACCAACGUCGAAGAAGAAUCUCCUCUUCUACACUCUCCAGAAGAUAACGCCACUACUCCGUCCGCACUACUCACAAAUCUUAUGGCACAAGACACAUAUAACAUAAUGUCUUGUGUUUGGAUUUGUCACUACUUAUGGGCUAUACCGUUAAAGGUAGCUGUCAUAUUGUAUUUACUCUACACUAGAUUGGGUGUAAGUGCAAUAAUUGGUACAACUGCGAGUAUUCUACUUAUAACACCGUUACAAUUUUAUAUCGGAAAAAAGAUAUCAGAUAAUUCGAAAGAUAUAUCCAAAUGUACGGAUCACAGGAUAUCGAAGAUGACGGAGAUAUUACAAGGAUUGAACGUUAUAAAAUUAUACGUCUGGGAAGAUCUUUUCAAUGAAAAGAUAUUAAAUUUAAGAGAAGUGGAGCUAAAAUUAUUGAAUAAAGAUUCGAUGUAUUGGAGUUUUUUGACUUUCACAACACAAGUUUCAACAAUAUUGGUGACCGUAAUUACCUUCAUUGUAUUUUACUUCCUUGACGAUAGUAAAGGAUUGACAGCAGUUAAUGUCUUUGCCGGAUUAGCACUAUUCAAUCAACUUACCAUACCAUUACUUAUCCUACCCGUAACAGUGUUGAUGGUGAUACAAGCCAUGGUCAGCACGAGGAGAAUUAAAGAAUUUUUGGAGCUUCCCGAGUCCAAUAACGUAAGGGAAGAAGAAAAUGAGAAUUUAAACAAACCAUCGGAUGUUUUUAAUGAUGCUUUUAUAGAUAACACGCCGGAAGGUGCUACAGAAGAGGCUGGUAGAGAAGAUGACGAGGACGUAGAAGAUCAAUUUUCUGAUGAUGAAAAUUGUGGCACAUGUCCUAAUAAUGAAUAUUUAAUAAGAUUUAGAAAUGCAAACUUUACUUGGGGGACGAAAACUGAUAUGCUACUUGAAGUAGACGAGUUGGAUAUUCCAGAAGGGAGACUGAUUAUGGUAGUUGGCGGAGGGAGCUCCGGGAAGAGUUCCCUUUUAUCUGCCAUCUUGGGCGAAAUGUAUCUAGAACGUGGUGACGUCACGUAUAAGGGGCGAUUACCGAUGUGGUACGCGGGUCAACCGCCGUGGUUGAUAGAGGGUUCGGUGCGUGACAACAUCGUGAUGGGAGGACCCUGGUGCCAGCGCCGGUACAGCCGCGUACUGCGUGCCGCCGCCUUGCGCCCGGACUUGCAGCUGCUACCUGAGGGCGAUGCCACCAAACUGGGCAGCCAUGGUGCUCCAUUAUCGGGAGGACAGCGUGUUCGCGUCUGCAUCGCCCGUGCGUUAUAUUCUACUGCCAGACUACUCGUAUUGGAUGAACCGCUGGGCGCUCUGGACGCUCCGCUUGCUCGGCACAUAGUCGCUCGUGCGCUCAUACCAGCUGUACGCGCGGGACGUACAGUGAUCAUCGCCACCAAUCGUCUUGAGCUGUUACACUACGCUGAUCUAGUGAUAGCCAUGGAGGAGGGUCGCGUGUCUGGUGUAGGGCGUCCGGGAGCAGGCCUGGGUACAGGUGCGGUGUCACGUUGGGCGCGGCUGGCGGCGGAGGCGCGUGCAGCAGCGGCUCGAGCUGGUGCCGGCCCUCCUGGAGGAACCGCCAGGGAAAGAACUCGACUCAUGAGAGAGCUCACGCGUGCUCGCUUCCACACAUACAACUCCGAUGAGACCUUGGUCGGUAUUCGCGAAGCAGCCGGAGCACACUUGUUGGCCGAGGUGCCUACUUAUGCAGGUGGCAGCUGGAGGCGCACGGAGAGAAGACGCUCACCACUUGAGCGUCAACUAUCAUCUCCACCGCCUUCCAUUCACAACUACAAAUGGCGACGAGAAGUUCGCCGUGCUGUCAGCGCUGAUGCUUCAAACACGGCACUGCAGCGAGAAGCAAGCUUAUUACGACGGCUGCUCCGGCCCCGACCACAUCGAACACUCGCCAGAUGGACACCCAAAACAUUACACAGAUUAAUAAGUUCAAGUUCAGAUCCAAAUGCUGAAGAAAAUGCACCUAAUGUGACGGUGACUGAUGAGCCGACUGGGGAGACAGCAUACACGUCUCUCACUUCAAACGGUACAGAUAUUAGCGCAGAUAUUGUUAAAGAAGAUCAACCAGUUAAAGUUGAAACAGAAGAGAUUAUUAUUGAGAGUGGGGCAUGGUGGGAAUAUGCAAAGGCGUGUGGGUGGUGGGGUUGCGCUUACUGGGUAGCGGCAGCCGCGGCGCAAGCACUGGCUUUACUAGCGGACUACUGGCUCACACAAACCACGGCACGGAAUGUACAAACGCCUUUAUCUCGAGAUGAGAUGUGGAAAUCGGUCCGUGCAUAUGCUUUGUGGUGUAUCUGCGCGGUGGUAGCGGGCGGGGGUGCGGGCGCGGCGGGCGGGAUGGCGGGGGCGCGCGCGCGACGGCGUCUACACGAGCGCCUGCUAAGGGCCGCGUUACACACCUCCCUGCACCAAUCACGUGCCACCCCCGCACAACUGUUGCACAGGUUCUCGGCAGACGUGCAAGUCAUUGACAGGAAAUUACCGAUUGCCGUUACCCGUUGGGCGCAACUAGCUCUACUAUGCGUUGCCGCUUUAAUCGUGAAUGCUAUAGUGGCACCGUGGAGUCUUCUCGCCCUCCUGCCAGCCGUGCUCCUCUACUUUACGCUUCAAGCCAUCUACUUGACUAACGCUAGGGAACUACAGAGGACAGAAGCAUUGAGCGCAGCGGGCGUGGUGUCAGUAGCAGCGGAAACGAGCGUAUGCGCGGGCGCAAGCACCGUGCGUGCAGGCCGGUUGCAACCGCUAAUGCGAUCCCGAUUGCUCCGCCGCCUAGACCGGAAUAACGCCUCGCUGCUUCUCCUCAAUGCUGCUAACCGGUGGCUAGGACUCGCUCUGGACUUGGUGGGUGCCGCUACAGUAUGUGUGAGUAUGGGCGUGGCAUUGCACAGCGGCAGCGGCGGUGCAGUAGCGGGCCUGGCCGGCACAUACGCGCUGCUGCUGCCCGCGUACCUCGCGCACCUGGCCAAGUGCCGCGCAGACCUGGACCUGCAAUUGGCAGCGGUGGAGCGGGUACGAGCCGACACUAAUCUGCCACAGGAAGACUACAGGGAGGAUUGUCCAAUACCACAGGGUUGGCAAAGAAACGGAAAAAUCGUUUUUGAAAAUGUCACUAUACAACACGAACCGACAGACUCGCCACCGAUACUCACGAAUAUAAACAUCUCUAUUGCGCCUGGAGAAAAGAUAGCGAUCUGUGGACGGAGCGGAAGUGGAAAGUCAACUUUGGUGUUGACAUGCGCAGGCGCAACUAGUAUUAGGAACGGUCGUUUACUCAUCGACGAGGCAGAUAUAUCUCAGGUGCCACUCCGCGCUCUGCGGCAUCGAGUAGUAAUAUUACCACAAGAAGCUACACUGUUCUCCGGGACGUUGCGAGAGAACCUUGACCCAUUAGCUGUUCACACAGACGAAGAGAUAUGGCAGAGCAUUAAAGCUGUCGGAUUGCACGAUUUCGUCUCUGCACAAGCUGCUGGAUUAGAGUGUAUCGUCCGCGGUGGGGGCGUAGCUGGAUGGAGUGGAGGUAGAGCGGGCCGCGCGUGUGCUGCGCGGGCGGCGCUGCACGCGCGUCUGGCGGGCGCGCUAGUACUGGACGAGCCGGCCGCCGCGCUGGAUGCGUCCGCUGAACGCGCGUUACUCUCAGCUCUGGCAGCCGCCGCGCCUCACACCACGCUACUAACAGUAGCUCACCGCAUAUCUUCAAUCCGAGGAUACGACCGUGCGAUUGUAUUGGAAGAAGGGCGCAUAGUAGAGCAGGGUGAAGUGAAGACGCUACUAGCACAACCCGCCUCGAGACUAGCACGCAUGCUCGCCGCCACACAACGGCAAACUUAAAAACAAAUGUGCCUUGGAAUGUAUUUAAUAUCUUCCAAUAGGUUCUUAGAGGCACCUGAAUUUGUUCGUCGAAGGACGAAAUGAAUUUCCUAAAGCAAUAUCCACACUUUUAUAAAGCAAUAUUGCAUUUGAUAAUGAUAACAGAUUGGUCAACGAGGCGAAUGACUAAAAUGUACACCAUGGAAUAUUAGACUGAUAUUUCAAUUUAAAAGCUCAAAAUAUAAACGCACAUGGUGUUACGAAAGCAAAAGAAGUUGAAGAAGUACUUAAAUAUCAACUAUUAUUAUGGUAAAUUUAAAUAGAUAUUGCAAUAUGAGACAGUAAAAAACAAAGACUAACUUUAGAGCCAGGUUUAAACCAUUAUCCUACCAAAUUGCUUUAGGUGGCUAUUGGUUUAAGACAAGGACUAACGUUAGUCAUUAAUUUGUAAUACAGCAGCUCAAGUUUUCUUAAGCAGCGUCAUGAAUAUGGUAUCAAUCUUUUUUAUUUAUUUAAUAACGAGCCCUGAGUCUAUUGUGCUCCUGUCAAAUAUAUUGUAUACCAUCUUGUACGAAUUAAAAGCAUAACUAAACGCCUAAAAUACUUAUGUAAGAGCAUAAGACUGCUUAUAUUGGUGUGGUACUAUUUCUAUAAGUGGUCAUCAACAACAACCCUACAGAUAGGCUGAAAAAACAACUAACUAAAAAACUGAUACAAAGUAUUAUGUGAGCGUUGAAUAAAAAAAAUAUACAACCCGUGAUCUACGAUGUUUUUUCCAACCAGCCCUGCGAUUCUAUAAAAAUUCAGACCCGUAUUCGUAUUUACUCAUGUGCAGAAAUUCUAGUUCCAUUUUUUGUAUAAAAAUACAAAACAAAAUUGAUUGAUUAUACGUGUCUUAGAUAUUUUAAUCCUAUAUCAUUUCGAAACUCACUUCACUUAUGCAACGAAACAUUAUAUUACAAAUGAGGAAGUAUUUAAAAAAAUAAAGCACUAAAAAAGCACCACCACUAGAUGGCGGCUGUAGCAAAAGUUGAUAUUUGCAGGAAACGAAUGGCCUAAAGACAGUCAUUUCCGUUCCUUUUAAAUAACAUGUUAAAAACUGAAAUCGGAAAAUUUCGAAACUUAGAUAU